AUGAUAAAAGAAUCAAAUACACUAUCAUCAAGACCAAUAAAGAAUAGAUUGCAAACAAAUGCAAAUGAUAUAGAUCAUAAUAAUGAUAAUGAUAAUAAUAAUAAUAUAGAUAAAAAUAAUAGCAAUAACAAUAGCAAUAAUAAUAAAACCAAAUCUUAUAUACAAAUAGGAGCUAUACUUAUAUUAUUUUCAUUAUUUUUCUAUCCUUUGAUACUUUAUCUCGAUCUGUCAUUUGUAUUCUCCGGUGGUGUCGGAGUUGAUGUCACUGCUAAUUCAAUUCAAACAGGACUUAAAAAGAUUGCACAUUGGUCAAAGAACAAUGGAAAUUGUGGCAAUCACAGAGUUGCCGUCGGUUACAACACAAAUUUGGACUUGGUUGUCAAUGCAGUGGAUCUACUUCAUGCUUUAGGACUAUCACCCACUCAGAAUCCAACGCCUUCCGAUGAAAUACACACACUCUCUCAAUUCGAACAAACUUUUACAUAUUAUUUCGAUUCAGGUAGUGCAGCAGAGAGAUUCAUUACAGAAAAAGAUGUAUUCGAUCAAAUUAUAAAGGCAACCGAUAGUUUGAAUAGACAAGAGUAUUUGACCGGUGGAAAUGCUGGAAUCAUUGCCAAUAGACUGGCGAGAGAAGGUUGUCGUGUCGAUUUGAGUGGUGUUGUCGGUAGCAAGCUAAAGAAUCUUCUCAAUGAUUCGAUCAAUGUCAUCGAGUACAAUGCUGACACUCGCGAUGAGAUACAUCUCAUUAUGGAGUAUCAGACCAACUCGACAUGGGGUGCCUACUCGACACAUCGCGCCAACCGUUUCAUUGUUUCCAACGACGUCUCCAACGCCAAUAUCGUCACAAUGGAACAGCUACACCGUCAUCUUCAACAAAACUCCAAACAGCACAAGACUGACUUGCUGAUCAUCAGUGGACUCCACCUGCUCGGUGACCAACAGCUACACCGUAUCGAGGAGAUGUCAAAGUUGCUCGACAUCAUCCCAUACCAAUCCGGAAAAGAGUCACUGCUCUCCGUGUCAAACAUCCCGAUUCAUUUCGAACUGGCGUCGAUCACCUCUAGCAACAUCAUUGGCGCAAUCGCCAAGUCGAUUCUCCCCAAGGUGGACAGUCUUGGCUUCAACGAGCAGGAACUUGGAUUCCUCUACUUGGCAACCGGUGGAACCGAACACACAAUGUCAGAGUUUAGAGCACCGUCUAUCAACACGGUCAUCAAUGCAAUCAUUCACGUCUUCAAGCAUAUCACCAAGUCGAGUGGUCAGGACGACCCAAUGUCGAUGAUGCUGGACGACAAGCGCAAGCUAACACGUAUCCACUUCCACUAUCUCACCUACCACAUCGUUGCCAUUCAGAAGGAGUCGUCGUGGUCGACCAAGAGCGCAAUCAUGUCGGUUGCAGCAUCGUCGAUUGAGGCAUCGGAGCAAGCCUGUGGAUUCCGUGAUGUAGAGCUACGUAUCCCUCUGAAAUUCGAAGUGGACUACCGUUACACUCCAGGCUCAAAGUUGAAAUUCGCAAUCGAUGAGACAUUCCCAAUCACCUCGUGGCAAGACGAAGGACUAGAAUUCCAUCUCGCACCCGUACUUGUUUGUAAAUCACCAGAGAGAACCGUUGGUUUGGGUGACUCUAUUUCGACAACUGGUUUCAUCUAUCAAACUAUAAAAAAUUAA